AUGUUUUCUACUGCUUCCAAUUUCCUGGCUUUAGAUGGGUGGAAAACUCCUCUCCGUCGCUGGAGCUGGGCUGCCGGGGGCUUGUGGCAUCGAGAAGUUGCCUCGGCCCCCCAGUCUCAACGCGCUGACUUCGCCACGGCGAACAGCAGAGUCGACUUCUACGUGGUGUGGUCUCUGCGCGAGCCGCCCCGGCAACUGAGUAGCAAUUGUCAUCGGAAAUGCUACCAGACUCGCUUGCCACUUCCAUUGCCAAAACAGUUUGUGAUCUUCGGAUUAGGUGACUGGAGCCACUAUUCUCAGAAAACUAGCAUUACUGUGGAUGUAUUAAUAAACCCAGAUAUUAAGCCACAACGAAUUGGCAAGCUGGGAUCUGAAGCCAGAUGUUUGGUUUGGGAAGGUGACUGGAGAGUUGAUAUUCUCAUGGCUUCAUUUAAGCAGGCAGAGAAUGGCAAUCCUAUUAAACUUCUGCUGACUGUUAAGGAAGAGCAGGAUAGAAAUCAGAGUUCCACAAUGUGCCAUAAAGAACCUAUGCUUGAAAAGAGCUACUCUCCACCAAUGGAAAAGCUACUGAUGCUACCUGCCCCUACAGAGCUACAGGCUAAGAAGAAAACUUGUCUAUCUAACCUUAUUCAAUUAAAUAAAACCAGAAGGACUCUAUUUGAAGUCUCGUCAACCCAGAGACAAGAUGAAUCUGAAGAUUUGGAGGUUAAAGAGUUGCAAGCAUGUCCAAGUGCUCGAUGGUAUCAUGCUAUGUGCUUGUGUGACAGAGAUACAGCAGUUUUGAUUGGUGGUGAAGGAUCUAAUCAACAAUUCUGCAAAGAUGUUCUCUGGAAACUGGAGAUUGAUAAUGACUUUUGGUUCCCUAUGGAUUUCCCAACACAAAAUUCCAUACCACAGUGUUCCCGAGGUCACAGUGCCACUUACGACCCAGACACCAAGCGGAUCUACAUAUUUGGGGGCAUAAAAGAGGGGAGACACUACAACAGCAUCUAUGUUUUGGAUACAACCUCUUGGAAAUGGCUUCAUGUUUUUGCUAAAGGGAAAGUGCCCACUCUGGCCUUUCACAGUGCAACUGUCUAUCGCAAGGAAUUAUUUGUCUUUGGAGGAGCUUUCCCUAAAAUGUUGUCCUUGGAGAUGGGUGCCUGCAGUAAUGCACUUUUUAUUUUCAAUCCUGACUAUGAGAUUUGGUACCAACCAAUUGUGGAGGGGGAGAAGCCUCUGCCAAGGCUUGGGUGAGGCAUCUUGUCUUGAAUUCAGAAGACUCUGAAAUAGGCAAGAUUUAUUUCCUUGGUCAUUUUCUCUGCUAAAAAGUGAAGCGGGAAUUUUUUUCAUGCACUUUUAUUUUAGCUAGAAUCAUUCAGCUACUUUGUUGAAGAACAAAUUAGUCAUAUUCGGAGGCCAGAGGACUUCUACAUACCUGAAUGACACACACAUCCUUGAUCUAGGUAAGAAGGGUACAAUGCUUGCCUUCUUAAGUGUCAUCUGGAUUUGGACAGGGUCAAGAAGCCACCUUUAUAGGCAACUCAAUUUGAUGAAAACAAAAGAUUAGCCUGAAAUGGAAGCUGUCAACACAUAAAGUAAGGACCCGGGUACUUACGGGACCGCCUGCUGUUACCUUUUGCCUCCCACCAACCCGUACGCUCACACAGAGAGGGCCUUCUCAGGGUGCCGUCCGCCAAGCAAUGUCGGUUGGCGGCCCCCAGGGGAAGAUCCUUCUCUGUGGGGGCUCCUACGCUUUGGAAUGAACUUCCCCCUGGUUUACGUCAAGUACCUGAUCUUCGGACUUUUCGCCGUGAGCUGAAAAUGCACCUAUUCAUUCAAGCGGGACUGGAUUAAAAUUUUUAUUGGGGUUAUUUAUAUUUUAAGAUUUUAAACUGUUUUAAAUUUUCGGCCACAAUAUAAUAUGUUUUCUUUUAAUUUCUUUUAAUCUGUAUAUACUGUAUUUUUACUUGGCUGUACACCGCCCUGAGUCCUUCGGGAGAAGGGCGGUAUAUAAUCGAAAUAAAUAAAAAAUAAAAUAAAAAUAAUAAAGAAAACUCACAAAAUAGUAAAUGGGAGUGCCAAAGGUGCUUUUUCAAGAGGCAACAGGACUUUCUGGGUUUUUUUAAAAAGGCAUUUUGCUUCUCAUCCAAGACGUGGAAACAGAUCUGAAGAUGCUUCUUGGAUGAGAAGUGAAAUGUCUUCAAAGAAAAACCAGAAAAAUCCAGUUGCCUCUUGAAAAAAACAAGAAUCUCCACAGACAGUAAACAGGAGUAAUUUCACUUCAGGGGAAAAGCAAUAAUAAUGAUCUGACAAUAUCUGUUGUAGGAUUGUAGGUCUUGAAACAGGAUUGAUGCCUAGGAUAAUGAAGUAAAACUGUAUUCUUGGACUAUAUGUUUUUUAAAGAAAGUGAUUUUUAUGGCAAUAAACACAACAAAAAAGUGUUGCAAUAAUUGCAAUUUUUGUGGAACAGAAUAGUUUAGUUGCGAUUAUGAUGUAUCAAUGCAUUCUGUGCCCAUUUCACUUUUUGUGAUUGCUGCUACAGUGGAGUCUAAUCUAUGCAAAUAUGCACUUUAGCUUUUUGAGGUGCUACAAAAUUCUGAGACAGAUUUUUUUUUGUGUGGGUCCGAAACAUCUUCAAUUAUCUUGUUUCAUACUUCUAGGUUUUAUGGAGUAUAAAACAAUUCCAUCUCUCUCUGGACAGCCUUCUGCUCGCAGG